UUAUAGAAUAGCAUGUCAUAUCACUUAAUCCGGCAUAGCCAAAGACACGACACCACUCUGGGUGUGUUCCUGAACUCUCUGAAGAUGUGCUGCCUGCACUACCGCCACCUGAGUGGAGACGUAGCCAGCUGGCUGGACCGCGCCAAGGAGAACAACGGGGGGUGCUACAGUGAGACACACGUGGAGAACGUCAAGGUCCUGGCAAGGCUCUUCCCCCUGUACGGCUUGCAGAUACUGUACCGCGCCUGCAUCACUCAGAUUCCAUCAGGUUACUACAUUCAGACCAUGAACUCUAACCUGCACCUGAAUGGCUUCCUCCUGCCCAUCGGUGCCAUGAACCUCAUCAGCAUCCUACCUCUGCUGCUGCUAGCCCCUCUCAUGGAGUGUGUCACCUCCUGCUACCUGUCCAUGGAGAAAACACCCUUCUCCCCCGCCAGAGUCAUCACGAUGGGUCAUGCCUGUGCGUCCCUGUCUGUCCUGGUGGCGGGCCUGUUUGAGGUCCACAGGAAUACAGUAUCCUCUGACGGAUACUACCUGUUCCAUAUAGUUUAGUUAGUUAGUUGGUGAUACUACCUGUUCAAUGCCACUGAGGAGAAUUACAUAGAGACAGAGAACCAAUUGAGAAAACAUAUCAAUGGUUCUAAAUGACAACCAUAUACAUCAACACCAUACAUCAUGAUUCAUGGAAAUGUACAGGAUUAAAACAUUAAUAUAAAGCA